AUGGAUUUCGGUUACUUCCAGCCCCAUGCAGGGAGCUGUGAUGACAUGCCGCUUGAUUUCCAUGUGCAGCAAAAUGCUCACUACGACCUCCAGCCUGUUGAUGGUUCAUUCGAACCUACCGGUGGAUCGAUCGUUCCGUUCACAGCCUUCUAUCAGGACUACUAUCCACAAGGCGCAGUGCAGAAGGCUCUCCUCGACGACGCUUCAUCGAUCGUUCAUAAUUCUGGACCUUUCUUGCCUCUGUUGACGCCAAAACUGGAGGUUUCACAUCUCAUAGGAGGAGGCCGCCUUGGAUCAUACAAGGCUUAUGAGAUGAGCCGCAGGUUUCUUCCAAGAAAGAAGGCAUCGAGUAAGGCUCUCAAGAAGGCUAAUGUUGUCAAAGGGCAAUGGACACUGGAGGAAGACAGGAAGUUGGUAAAGUUAGUGGAACAGUUUGGACUGAGGAAGUGGUCUCAGAUUGCACAAAUGCUGCCUGGAAGAGUGGGAAAGCAAUGCAGAGAAAGAUGGCACAACCAUUUGAGACCUAACAUCAAGAAAGAUACUUGGAGUGAGGAAGAAGACAUGGUUCUAAUACAAACACACAAGGAGGUUGGCAACAAAUGGGCUGAGAUAGCUAAGCGCCUCCCUGGGAGAACAGAAAACUCCAUAAAAAAUCAUUGGAAUGCAACAAAGAGAAGGCAGUUUGCACGGAGGCGGACCCGCACUAGUGCCAAGAAUCCCAAAUCUGGCACCCUUCUGCAGAAUUACAUCAAAAGCCUUGGAAUUGGCUCUAGCAAGGUCAUUGCUCCUGUAGAUCCAAAAGAACCUCCAUUGUCACCAUCUUCAACAGCACCUCCAACACAAAAUAUGGUACAGGUGAAUGAUAACUGGGCAGAAUCCAACCCGUCCAACACAAUGGUUACUGAAGGAAUAUUCAGCACAGAUGACGGACAAACUCACUCUUGCGAAGAAAUUCUAGUUCCUACCUGUGAUGAUUUUUCCAUUGACAUGUGUGAUGGACUAUUUGACACAAAGGAGGAGGCACAGUACCAAGUUUACAGCAUAGAUGAUGAUGUUGACAUGGACUACAUCUUCAACCAUAUUGAUUACGCCAUUAAGGUUGACCAUGAGUUAGAUAUGGAGAUGACAUGGGAUGAUGACGCACUCGUAAGCACUGACUCUGCAUUAUCACCAUUGGUGACAGCGUUUGGUCCAGCAGAAAUCAAGACCGUGCAUGUGAAGGAGGAGAUGGAUCUCAUUGAGCUGGUCAAGCAUACACAAGCUUGCAGCUAG